CUUUAGUAGGUUCUCUCGCCGGCGAUUCUCUUACCGGUGUUUCGGUGAAUCGUCCGACUCAAAGCCGACAAUUCCCAGCUUUCAAUAAAACCCAUUCUUCAAGCUUUUCAAUUCCAACCCUUUUUCUCAGCUGUUCAAUUAAAACUCAAUUCUACAACUUCUCAAUUUGAAGAGAUGCCUCGGAGACCCACAGGGAGAAGAUUUUCAAAGCAUCAACCUUUAGCAUCUUCACCGUUUAUGCGGUCACUUGCCUUUGCUUCAACGGCUAGGCGUAGGUUGCCUCAUCCUAAAGAUUGUCAAAGUUCUGAAGAUAUUUCUUUUGAUGAAAAGUCCCCUGAUAUCUCUAAAAAGGGGAAAGAAGAACAAUUGCUGGAAUCCUCUGACGAAGAAGACUCUCAGGGAGACGUCCAAGCAGACUUUGAGUUCUUCGACCCUAAAGCUACAGACUUUCACGGAGUCAAGAUCCUCCUAAAAAACUAUCUCGAUGACAAGGAGUGGGAUUUGAGUGGUUUUGUGGAUUUGAUAUUGGAUCAAACAACGGUAGGAACUGUGGUCAAAGUAGCAGAUGAUGAGGACGAGUCAAUAUUUGCUGUUGUCACUGCUCUUAACUUGGCAAGGUACAAGGCAAGUCAUGACAAUAAGUGCUUUAGAGAGCUAAAAGAGUUUCUUCGUAAAGUUUGUUCGGAGCAGAGUAUGGCGAGUGAUCUAGAACUUCUCUUAAAGAAAAAUGCAAAAGAUGUUGGUUUAUUGGUAUCUCAAAGAGUGACGAAUCUUCCUCCCCAACUCCUUCCUCCACUAUAUGAUGGAUUGUUCGACGAAGUCUCAUGGGCCACUGAAGACGAGAAAAGCUUCGAGUGUCGCUUCAAGUCAUAUAUUCUAGUCACCAAAUUUUACAAGUUGAAGAAUCCUAAGCAGAAAAGACCUCGUCGUGGCGAAGAAGACCAGGAGGAAACAAUAUUCCUUAAGCCUGAAGAUGAACUUUUUCUCGAGCUCUUGGUCCUUCACAUUCCCUAUGCACUCGUAGCUCGUUACAUCUCAAGAGAUGAAGAAUUAUCAGCUGACAGGUCUAGUGAUGGUCGUGGAGGCAGACAAGAUAUCUGAAUUCAGAAAGAAGUUGAACUCUCUCAUUGAUGAACAAUGAUGAACAUCUUCUUCUUUUCCUUCCAAAUUCUAACUUCUAAUUUGUUUCUCCAGCUUUCCUCCUUUGGAACAUUGGUUUCAUUUAUGUGAAACGAUGCCUUGUGAAAAGCUGGUAAUGAUUCUUGGAAGAGUUGAGAGGAGGGGAAGUUUUGGUUUAGUUUGAGAAAAAAAAGUAAGGCAAAUUUGGUUUAUUGAUUCAAUACUAAUCCUUGUAGAAAUCAAAUGCAGACUGUGUACUUUUAUCUUCUUUUUGUCAACUAAAAAUGUAAACAACUCACCAUUUUCAGAAAAAGAAACAGUAAUGUUGACCAAAAAAACAAGAGGCUCGAGUAUGUGUGGAAACCAGAACCAAGAUUGUGAACAGCAAGGUUUGAUUGCUGUUCUCUAGAAUCUCUACUCUCUUCCUUAACCUUUGAACUCUCCCAAAAGACAAUUUUUCUUGUGGUAAUUUUUUUUUUUCGCAAAUAGACUCCUCCAAAA